GGGACCCUGCUGUCGGGCCAGGGGCCGGUGCGCCGAGGGGGCCGCCCGCAGGGCCUCGCCUCAGCCGGCGGUGGGGCCGCGGCCUGUUGCAGGCAAAGCUCCGCGCACCUCUCACUCACCUGCGUGCUUUUCUUGGCUAAACGGUGGCUUUCCCCAUCACGGUGCCCUGUACGAAUCCAGGGGGACUUGUGAAAAUGUAAACGCAGACAGAUGAAAUCAUCUAAUUCCGGACGUCUUGCUGGCUUUUCGCCGCGUUCCCUGUCAGGUACACGCUCCCUCUGGCAGCCUGUCCGGUGAGGGUCGGUGCAUGCCAUCAGUGGAAAGCACAGAAUGAAUUCUUCAGGUACGAAGUAUAUUUCAGUAUCUUCUCCAUGCACUUAUGACAUGAGUAAAAAACCUUUUCCUCAGAGAGUACUCACGCAACCACAUUUUCAUCCUGCACAUUGGAAAAAGACAUCCAUAAGCCAAGGGGGCUUUGCCUCCGACUCCCAAGAGUCUGAUUCCGAAAGCCUUGUUCAAGAGAGACAGUAUCAGCUAGAACUCCAGCAGCGAAUUCGUGAAAAUGAAGAGCUGGUAGGACUGUAUGCUGAUGAGUUGGAGAGUGACAGCUUAGAAGAAGAAGAUAGCUUGGAAGAAAUGAGUUUAAGAGAACAAGGAGUUAAGUAUGACACAAAUCAAUGUACAAAUGGAACACAAGAAAAAGAGAAUAAUGGAAGGGAGCAGCAGUCUGUAGACAAAUAUUUCAGCCUAAGGUACAAUCCUAACUGGAAGAACACAAAAGAGGUAGCAGAAUUUCCUGAGGCAGAAAAACCACAUCACAUUGCUGGAGGAGGCAAUGUGGACUGUUCGCAGGAUUCAUUUUACCUCCAUUCCAGUGGCUCCCCAGAAGAAAAGAAUCAACUGGAGGCAAAGCUACAGGAUUCAUUCUCUGAGUUUGGUACAGAAUUACUAAGCUUUCACGAACCAGAUGCCUUCAUCAGCAGUGAACCUUUUAGGUUACAUACCAGAGGGAAGGAAUCUGCAGAUGGCUGUUACUUCAAGCAUAGUCCCAGUGCACACAGCAGUGCUUUUUCUCUUCAGAUUCAAGAAAAUCAACCCCAAAGAGCAAAAAAAGACUUUGUGGAGAAAAAUAAACGGACUUUGGGAUUACGUACAGACAAGAAAAAUUCUUAUCUUCAGUUACACAGCAAAAAGCAAGGAGAAGUUCUUCAAGAGCAGGUUGCAGAUGCUAAAACUGUUGAUGAGGAAGCAGUUCAGAGUGUCCCGCCAUUCCAGAACAUGAAAAUGGACCCUGAAGGCAAAUGGUGCCUGAAGUCACAGCAGCUCAAGGAUCACCAAAACAAGUGGUCCCAGAGAAAUAAAACAAAAUCCAACCAGAAUCUCAAAGGGGGAGCUCUCUCAAGGAGUGAUAACCAACAGCCACCAGGAAGAAUAACGGAACCAAAGCCUCAGCAUCACCAAAUGUCAGAAUUUCGGACAGCUCCCACGCAGGCAGUGGAGCAAGACAACAGCAGUGCACCACAGAAAUGGCUGUGCCCAAGUCUUCCUGUUGGACCUGACACUAACACAGCAGCAAAUUCUGAAAAUUGCUUAAUAAAUUUACCAAAGCCAAGACAUUCUGUUAAUCAGGAUUUUACCACAUCUACCUAUCGUAUUCACCCAACACAACAUAAAUGUAACCCAGCAGAGGUUGUAUCACCAGCAUAUACCAGCAAGGAGACCAAGAAGUAUCAGCAUCAGCCUCCAAAUGGACUUCCACAUGACCAGCAACAUUUAUACAAGCAUCAUACUGUGCAGUUUUUUCCAAAAAAUGUCAGUACCAGUGGUCAAGCAUAUCCAAAUCAGAGAAAUGUUUCAUCUACUUUUAAUGCUAAUUUUCAAGAACUGGUAAAGGAUCGUGUAUCACUUCAGGAUUGCAAGAGGCAUGAUUAUGCACAGAAAAGCUAUCACAACUAUGCUCUCAGUAGGUUAAGGCCUUCCCAGUCACCAGCAGCCCCUCAUACAGCCUCACAGCUUAGGCAAACCACCAAGCAACAUCACCAGGAAAUGUCUCAUCUGAAAGAAGCUCGCUUAGCUGAUGACAGGCACUUGUUCAGCCCACUUCCACCUAUAAUUCCACAGGCCGAAAGUGAUUCAGAGGUGGAUCCAAAGAGAGGUGACGGAAAUCAAGCAAAAAUAAACCGAAGCAACUCUGAAGGUUAUCUCAUGCAAAUGGAAAAGCAAAAACAGCCUAAAGUCUACAAGAAGCCAUAUAGCUCAAAAGCCUACAUGAAUCUGGACGUGAAGCUUGGAGGCCUUGGACCUGACUAUGAAGCCAUCAAGGAAAAAAAAGAGAAGUUAAAGCAACAAAAGGAAUAUGCAAAGCAAAUAAAGGAACACAACAUGAAAAACAUUGCUUUGGUUCAGAGGUUACCUACAAAACCCCAGGUCAUAUCUUCAGUGUCAAGACAGAAGGCACUGGAAUAUGCCAAGAAGAUUCCCAGACCAAAGACUUUCACAGCAAAACAAUCAGAUGAAGAGGUGAAAGAGGAAGGAGUUCUGCCACCAACUUUAAAAGGAGACAGUUUACCUCAAAUUGCAUCUUUGGAAACUCUACAAAGCAGACACGAGAAGGAGAAGCAAGUCGUAGCUGCUUUCAGAACCCUUCAUAUCUUAUAAGUGUUUUGAAAUGAUUACAGAUAUCUUCAAAGCAAAAAUAUCUGAACUGUUUAAUUAUGAGCUAUAACCAUCACGUAUCGAUUUACCAUUCCAUUCAAAUAUAAAGUGGCUUAAGCUUAAUCAAUUUUAAAUUUUAGAAUCAGUUCUACUGUAUCUAAUUUCUAAAAUCAUAAACACAUAUGUAGCAUUUUAAAUGUGCUUAUCUCUUUUCUUUUU